GCAUAUCUCGCUCCGUACCACCAAGCCCCCGAGCUCUACUCUCCAUUGUCGCUGCCACGUGUACAACAUUCUGACCGUAACAGCAGCCCGUUAGCUACCGCUCCUUAUCAAAACAUGGCGCCCUCUAUCCAGGCCCCCCCGGUGCAGCUCUUCAAUGGCGCCGCCGGACCCGUCCCCCAGUCUCACUUGCUCCCCGAGUUCAGUAUGAAGGACAAGGUUGUCGUCGUCAGCGGUGGUGGAAGAGGAUUGGGCCUGGUUCAGGCUGAAGCACUGAUUGAAGCAGGCGCCGUCGUACACUGCAUCGACAUCCUGCCUGAUCCGUCUUUGGAUCCCACGUCCGAGUUUGCUGUCGUUGCUGCACGUGCCAAGAAGGAGCUCAACUCCCACUUGACAUAUCACAGGGUGGAUGUCACCGAGGAGCCGCAGGUGAGCGAAGUCUUCGAGAAGGUUGCAGCGAAGGAAGGUCGCUUGGAUGGCUGCCUUGUCGCUGCCGGAAUCAACUACGAGAGUCCGGCCCUCGAGUAUUCCCCCGAGCAGGUUGACCGGAUGCUUCGCAUCAACGUCAAGGGCGCAUUCCUGACAGCCCAAGGCGCGGCUCGGAUAAUGGUUCGGUUUGGGACGCCUGGAAGCAUCUGCCUCAUUGCCAGCAUGAGCGGCACCAUCGCCAACCGUGGCAUGUUUGCAUCACUAUACAACACCUCCAAGGCUGGUGUCAUGCAAAUGGCUCGAAGCUUGGCCGCUGAAUGGGGUGUGCACGGCAUUCGUGUCAACACACUCUCGCCUGGAUAUUGCACGACCCAGAUGCUCCUCAACCUGUUUGAACAGUACCCAGAGCGAAAGGCGCAGUGGCCCACGGAGAACAUGCUCCAGCGAUUCAGCGAGCCCAAGGAGUAUCGCGGCGCCGCCCUCUUCCUCCUCAGCGACGCCAGCAGCUUCAUGACGGGUAGCGACCUCCGCAUUGACGGCGGACAUGCUGCCUGGUGAAAUUCUGGUUCCCAUCGCUACCGCAUCGCUGGUAACAAACUUGUAGAUUGGGCCCGUUGUGCCAUGGUUGAACAUGCUGGGAGGAACAAGGGGUUGAUUUGUGUAAAUUUGAGCGUUUGUCUAUGUUUCUCGAUUUGGUGUUGGCAAUAUGAGAAAAGUUCAGUGAGUCAACUGCAAUAUCGAUGUGGAUGUGAUUAUUGAGCCGGAAUGUGCGUCAAGACACCAGAAGGUCCAAGUUUGCUCAGC